UGAGUGACAUCACGUGCAAAAACAAGGACCACAGACGGAUGUUGAAUAGCUAAGUCGGUUAAAUAUUGAGCGUGCUGGUGUUUCCGAAGCUUAGUAGUCGGUACUUGUGAAAGCCAACACUGAACUAUAUAGACACAUUAAGUUUGACUAUGGUUUAUAUAAGUCAUAACGUUGGUUAAAUAGGAUUUGUUCACGAUUUAUCGACGUUAAUAUUAGCAUCAGGAUGCUACCGUUAAGCUAAGAAGCAAGCUAUAAAACUGUAAAACUAACAGUUCGAAACAAUUAGUGUCAUUAUUUAGACUUGAAAACGUUUUUCUAUCAAUUGUGGACGUCUUGUCGUUGCUUAAUACCACCAUUACCAACAACAACAACAUCACCAUGUAACAUUAGUAGAGUCUACAUUCAGUGGUAGCAAAACAACGCAUAUCCGAAUCACGCUUUUUUGUUUUUACUCCUUUAACAUACGAGAUUGCUUUGUGUAUCAUUUAUACAUAGGAAAGCGAUCAUGUCGGAUCUAGAUACCCUCAUUGUCACUUUCCAAAGCCAGCUGUCAGAUGUGAUGCAGACUGUGGUAAAGACUGCCGUAUAUGAGGUGACCAGGUUGGUGGAGGACGGUUUCUUGGAGGAGGUGAAGCGCAGGAACCAGGAGGUCGAGUCCUUGAGGAUGCAGCUGCAGUGGGCUGAAAACAAACUAAGCGACCAUGAUGGGAAGGAAAGAAAUAACAGGUGUGUUGAUCCACCCAAUGAAGAUUUGGAGGUGUCCACUACAGACACGACCAAAGAGAGGCCCAGUGAACAUAAAGAUGGUAUUUUAGGGGGCGUCAGUGUCAAAACAGAGGUUAACUUUGUGGAUAAGUGGACAAGUUGCAGCCAGGAUGCGUCACCACAGGCAGCAGGCGACAGUACAGGCGACCUUGCUGAAAGGACAUCAGAGUCAUCACAAGACGGGCGAGUGUUGCCAGAUGUGGAUGUAAAGGACGAAACCGUUAAAACAGCAUCCUGUUCUGCUGUGCAGUUAGGAGGAUGGCAUGCUGGUUUUGAAGAAGCGGGACCUGAACUCCACUGCACCAGUGAGAAGUCUGAGGCACAACCUAAACAUUCUCAAGAGAACAGGGAGGAGUUAAUGAAGGAUGUCAUUAAACAGGACAGACAGACAUCUGGUACCUAUGUCUUUCUUGAGGACUUGGAGGAUAAGCACUUGAGCACAGAUCAGUCUCAUACUUCAUCUUUGGAGGUAAACAGAGACUGGGCUGGUCUGACUGUUGCAACAGCUGGAUUGCUGCAGAAUUGCAGACUUGCAACUGGUAACGAUUGUGAUUCUCCCAAAACUAGAGGUCACCCAAAACGUACAGAGCACAGGGUGUCCAAUUCUGUUUCAGUAGACGUUUGUGCUCCGGUUUCCCCCAGCAGAGAUCACAUUACAUCACCAGAAUCCCUUAAGGGAAAGGUGCAAAACAGCACUGCGCUGGGAGUGAUGAUAAAGCAAGAGGUCAUUGUUGAUUCUUAUGGAUGUGGGGAAACCAGACACAUGGAAAAGAAAAUAAAGAAGUCAGGAACGUCACCCUUCUCAUGUUUAGUAAAACAGCAUAACAAGGUGAGCUUGGAGGAACAGAAACACAACCAUGUUUCCCAUAAAGCCAGCGUGCAGGAGUUUGUGAAGCUUCAUUCCAAAGUGGGUACAGGUCUCAGAUUGCAGGCAGCUCUACAGCACCUCCACCGACCAGUGAAGAAACCCUCUCAUGCUCUGUCCAGCAGCAGCAUGACCGCACUGUCUGCAGCUCACUCCCACGUCGUGAACAUGAACAGACUUUCCUCCAUGUCCAAAGCCACUCCGUGCUCCCCACUCUCGGCCCAGCGGGCCCACCCGGGCGAGAAGCAAAGUGCAGCACCCAGACGAGCCAGCGAGCCAUGGGUCGGCAUCAAAACGCUGCAUCUGUCGGCCAACGCCCAGGACGCCACCCCCGUCCCCGACCCGGACGCUCCUCCUCACGCUGGGCCCAGGCACCUCCUGCGCUGCGGCCAGUGCGGAAAGUGCUUCCCACACCCCAGCAACCUGAAGGCCCACCUGCAGACUCACACGGGCGAGCGGCCCUUCUGCUGCUCGCUCUGCGGCCGCAGCUUCACCAAGCUGAGCAACCUCAAGGCCCAUCGGCGCGUUCACACGGGCGAGCGGCCGUACUGCUGCCUGGCGUGUGGGAAGCGCUUCACCCAGAAGUGUAACCUGAAGCGCCACCAGAGGAUCCACCUGGAUGUUUGAUGAUGGCCAGUAGGGGGUUACAAAAGCGAGUUGGGCUCUUUCUUUAUUUUGUGUUCACAUGCUACAGUGUUCAGACAGUUUGGGUGUUGCAUUACAAAAACGUUUCUCGUGUAUUUGUCUCAUGAAUUAAUUGUUUGUACAUUACACAAAGACUUAUCUACAGUAGUGACAGUGUUUCAGUGUUAUUUAAAAACAGCUGUGUGACAGUUGAGUCAGUUUCACGUUUAGUCAAUAAAGCACUAUUUAUUCUGUGGA